UUUUGGAUUAUAUGCACAUGGUUUGUCUUGGUGUAGUAAGACGCAUACUUACCUUUUUAAAGUCAGGUCCAAAACAUUGUAGACUUUCAAAUGCCCAAAUAAAGAAUAUAUCUGAUAAUCUGUUAAGCUUACGUGGCAUGAUGCCAUCUGAAUUUGCUCGACAACCACGUUCCCUUUUGGAGUUAGAUCGAUGGAAAGCUACAGAAUUUAGACAAUUUAUUUUAUACACUGGACCCUUAGUUUUAAAGGGUGUUGUUAGUAAAGAAAUUUACAAUCAUUUUCUAACAUUGCAUGUUGCAAUGGUGAUUCUCUUAAAUGAGGACAAUCGAUUUAGAAAGCAUUAUCUUACAUUCGCUAGAGAACUAUUAAAUUAUUUUGUUAUAAAUUCAAAAUAUUUAUAUACAAAAUCAUUCUGUGUUUACAAUGUUCACUCUUUACUUCAUAUUUGCGAUGAUGUUGUUAAAUUUGAUUGUUCACUAAAUGACAUUUCCUGUUUUCCCUUUGAAAAUUUUAUGCAGACAUUAAAAAAAGCAGUAAAAAAUUCAAAGAGUCCUGUUGUUCAAAUAGCCAAACAAUAUGAACGAAUACAAUCUUUAUUAAAUACAAAACCUCGAAAACUUAAAAUUUCAAUUUUAUCUCCCGAAUCUCAAGAAUCCAAAAAAAAGCUUCUGAAAACAGACGUACAAAAAACUGCGCUUGGACCAGAGAAGUUAGUUAAAAAUCAAUUUCCUAUGGAAGUUGGAAAAUACCAGCACAUGAUGUUCAAGAUGCUUUCAAAGGUUCUUGAAAAGCAAGAGCUUAUUUUAGCAUUAAACAAGCAACCACAAAGUAAUAUUGCAAUCAAGCAGUUAGAAACAAUUGCAGAGUUUGAGGACUUUAACAAAAGUUUAGUGGAUGAUUGUGUUAGACUUGAUUUGGUUAAACAACUCAGUUUUUUAUGUGCCGAAGAUUUUAAACAACUGACAAGAUUGGUCAUGAAUAGAUUAUUUACAAAUACCCUGUUGACACAGUUCAACUUAAAAGGUUCUGGCGGAAAGAUUGGUUUACAUUCAACCAAACUAUAUGAUGUAAUAGAAGAAGUAGUAAAAAGAAGGUUUGAAAAGGUUUCAAAUGCUGAAAUUAAAGAGCAAAUUGGACGUUUUUGUAAAAAUGCUCCUUCGCGGGAAAAAAAUAAAUAAAACGAAUUAUUCUUUUUUAUUUUUUCUGUAAAUUUUCAUAUAGAAAUCUUUUUUAUUUUGUGUAAAUUGUUAUAUAGAAAGAUAUUAAUUAACAAUCCAA